AUGCUCAAGGCAACGCACCAUCUGUCAGUCGCCCAGUCAUCUCGCAAGAUGCCUUACACUCUCGUCCUUCUGCGUCACGGCCAGAGCGAAUGGAACGCCAAGGACCAGUUCACCGGUUGGGUCGAUGCCCCCCUCUCGGAACUGGGUCGCGCUGAAGCACUCCGCGGCGGCGAGCUGCUCAAGGAGCGCAACAUUCUUCCAGACGUGGUACACACCUCUGUGCUUCGUCGCGCCAUCGAGACGGCCAACAUUUCCCUCGACAAGGCCGACCGCAACUGGAUCCCUGUCCACCGCUCGUGGCGCCUCAACGAGCGUCACUAUGGUGCCCUCCAGGGCAAGAACAAGGCCCAGACGCGCGACGCGUAUGGAGACGAGCAGUUUAUGCUCUGGCGCCGCAGCUAUGACACGCCUCCUCCCCCGAUCGAGGUCAACUCCAAGUACAGCCAGGACAAGGACCCGCGUUACACCGUGCUCGCUGGCGACAUCCCCCGCACCGAGUGCCUCAAGGACGUCGUCCAACGCAUGCUCCCAUACUUCCACGAUGCCAUUGUUCCCGACCUCCAAGCGAACAAGGUCGUCCUCGUCGCGGCGCAUGGCAACUCGCUCCGCGCACUCGUCAAGCACCUCGACGAAAUCUCGGACACGGACAUUGCGGCGCUCAACAUUCCCACGGGAAUCCCCCUCGUCUACGAGCUCGACGAGAAGAUGAAGCCCCUCAAGCGCGGCGGCGAGUAUCUCGACCCGGAGGAGGCGGCCAAGUCGGCAGCCGCCGUCGCGAACCAGGGCAAGAAGUGA